AUGCUCGCUGGUCGUAAAAGAAGGCUCUUGACGGAGGUGUUGAAGGAAGAUCUGAGAACACGUGGUGCUGCAGACGGUUUACUCGAGACGUAUCUUCUUGCGGAUUAUGGAAUGGCGACGGAUGAAUGGAUUUCUGUGCGAGCUCUAGUUGAAGAUCGAACAGGAAAGGCUCUGAUUCCUAUAAUGAGGACAAACGCAGGGCAAAGGCGUGUGUAG